AUGACGCUCAUGAAAGGCCAGUCCAACCCAUCCGCAGAUGUGUUACCUGGGAUUCCGAGACCAAAGAAACCUCAAGAUGAUGUUGGGUCCCCAGCAGACCCUGGUACUCUGAACUUGCGCGACUCUGGAACCAGCUAUGUCCAGAGUGUCCAUUGGGAGGCCAUUCUUGCCAAAAUCAGAGGACUGAAGGAGGACUUGGUGACUGAUAGCAAGACUCCGUCCGGUUCACACUUUUUCUAUGGCCCGAACCGUCAUGCAACUCGAGAUGAAAUCCUCGCUGCUGUUCCUCCUCGUCCAGUUGUUGACCGCCUCAUGGCCCUUCACUUCGAUUCCUACUUUGUCACUCCCUAUUUCAUUCAUAGCAAGAAGUUCCUCCGAGAGUACGAAGCUUUCUGGAAAGAUCCGUCGGCAACUUCGAUCGCUUGGAUCGGUCUCAUGUUCUCCAUGUUGUUUAUCGCUGCGCAGUUGCAGACCUUCACGAUUGACACUACCGACGGAAGAGCCGAAUCUCUGAAGGCGGAAUAUCUCGCCAUGAAGGAUGCCUUCCGUGAAAAGGCCGUUCAGUGUCUCAUUCUGGCCAGGUACACAACGGGAGGACCGCAUAUCCUGGAGAGCCUCAUAACGAUCCUUACCGGAGAGUUCGUGCUUUUGAAAGACAGUGCGACCGAUGGCUGGCUUUUUAUCAGUAUGAUACUCCAUCUUGCAAUGCGCAUGGGCUAUCACCGGGAUCCAGAUCACUUUCCAGGCAUAUCUCCAUUCGAGGCUGAGAUGCGCAGACGCAUCUGGACUGCUAUCCUCCAACUGGAUCUCACACUAUCCUUGGAGAAGGGCCUUCCUCGAAAUGCCACAGGUACGCACAUCGAUACAAAAGAGCCCCGCAAUCUGCGCGACUGUGAUUUCGACGAGGACACGACCGAGAUGCUUCUACCGAGGCCAGAAACAGAAUGGACGCCGGUGCUGCCUCUCAUUGCAAGAGCGCGACUGAUAUCAGUUAUUGGCUUGAUCUGCGACAUCAACACUGAUAUUAAUCCCCCUUCCCACGAACAGGUCAUCAAGGUCGAUGCACUUCUUGGAGACGUACACAAGCGUGCUAUUCCACCCGUGCUGCGCUGGGAAACGAUGCCACACCCUAUCACGGAUAGCCCAAAUCUUGUGAUACAGCGGGUCAGCGGAGAAACGACCUACCACAAGUCACGCAUCCUCCUGUACCGGAGGGCUUUGAUCAGCGACCCUGUUCGACAUUCUCAAGAGCAGGACAGGGAGUCGGUGCAAAUCUGUUUAGAUUCCGCACUCAAGAUUCUAUCGUUUCAGCAGAUGCUUCAUGAAGAGUCUCAGCCAUUCGGUCGUUUGCGCCAGCUUCGUUGGAAGAUCACCCAUAUCUUCAACCAGGAUGUUCUCCUCGCCACGAGCGUGCUCUGUCUCUACCUUCAAGACAUCGAUAAGUUCGAACCGUCCGAGACUGCGGGACAGACCACGCGCAGGGCCGAAGAGAUUCGACAACGGCUGACGAUCUCGCACAAGAUUUGGCUUCAAAUGAGCACGGCAUCUGCGGAAGCUGGAAAAGUAGCGAGAGCGCUGAAUAUCGUUCUUGGAAACACGGAAGCGUCUGCUGGGGACACCGGUGGGCCUGCUCCUUACUCAUACGACUUUCUGGCGGAUUUCGAUGUCAUACCUCUGCAUGGAUUUGACACGACGUUCAAUAAUCAAUAUUAUCCUCCUGGGCUCUACUCCCCUCUCACGUUUUUUGAUAACGUUCUAGGAGAAGGCGGAUCCAUGGACACUGCUGGGUGA